CUCCCUGACGUCCCUUGCAAUUUCACGAUCCGUGGUUGCGUAUUUGUCUGUAUGUUGCCGAUUUGGGCUCUCGGGAAGCCGCAAUUGGGGCGAUCUAUUAGUAUUUCCCCCUUCACUACCCCGUGAUCCAGGGGGAAUUUUGGUGCUUAUUUCCGAGUUCUAGUUAUGGAGCGUGGUAUGAUCCAUCAAGUUGCAGAGUAUCCUGAUGAGCAUGAGGAGGAUGACAGCAUGAAGGUGGAGGUAGCAUAUGAUGGACUUCACAGCGCCUUCAGGUACAAGCACAAGAAGAGGUCCAAGGUCUGGGAGGAAUACAAGCCCAUUUUUCUGAACGGAAAGGUUCAGUUUGCAGAGUGCCUCUACUGCCACGGUCGCCUCAGUUGCAAAGAUUCCAAUGGAACAAGCCAUCUGUGGCGGCACCAGAAAAUCUGCCCUGGCAAAUUAGAUGUGGCGCAGAAGCGACAGAAGGAUUCAUACUUUCCAUGUGUUUUGGUGAACGAACAUCGCCCAUUUUCAUCGAAUGAGCCGGUGAUUCCGGUCAAUGAGAUUAUUUCUGAAACGCUUGACGACAUAAGCUCAGCAGUUCCCAGCAGAUUCAAAUCGAAGGUGUGGAAGGAGUUUACGCCCAUCUAUGUUGAGGGGAAACUCCAGGCUGCGGAUUGUAUUCAUUGCCACAAACGCCUCAGUGCAAAUAAAUUUGGAGGGAGAAGCCAUCUGAGUCGACAUCUUAUAACCUGUCCUGGACGGCGUGGGAGUGGCCAGAAUCAUCAGAAUGGUUUGUUUUACCCUUCGAGUGCACCUAGUUUAAAGUCCAGGGUGCAUGAUGAGCUCUCUCCUGCCUUGACAAAUGGGAAGGUUCAGAUCGCAGAAUACUCUAACAAGCUCCUUAGGACUAGUAGUUCUGUUGACAUCAACCCUGCAUUCCGACCCAUUCAAGUGGUGCCAGCACAGCAAUCCCCGCAAACAUCAGAUGGCACAAGCAUGAAGAAACAGAGGACCUCAUUUAUGAACACUUCCACUGAUAUAGGCUCCAUGAAGUUUGGGCAGGAAACAUCUUAUCAAGAGCUAGCCAGAAUGAUAAUUUUGCAUGGUCAUCCUUUUUCAAUUGUGGAGCAUGAUGAAAUGAGAAGAGUAAUAAAGAAUCUCAGCCCUAUGGUUGAUGCAGUCUCUCGUAAUGACAUGGAAAAACAUUGUGUUGCUCUAUUUCAGAAGGAAAAGGUAAAACAUAAAGAUAGAAUGGCACUUUCCUCCCGGCGCAUUUCUCUGUCAGCGAGCAUCUGGACUCCUGAUGGCCCCGAACCAGCAGUAAAAUACCUCUGUUUGACAGCACAUUUUAUUGGUGAAGACUGGAAAGUUCACAGGAUAACAAUUAAAUUUGGCUUGUUUUGGUCCUCACCUGUGGAUGUGGAAAGGAUAAUACACUGCAAGGAAGCUACUGUUCCAGAAUCUGAAAGUGGAUCAUAUAAUAUCAUAUUAGAUGCAGUUAGAGAUUGGAAUCUUGAUAAGAAGAUUUUGAGCUUGACUUCUGUAGGUGAUGUUAGGAAAGAUACAAAUACUGUGAAGCUAAAGGAAAUGCUCAUAGAGAAGAAGUGCCUUCCUAUCAGAGGUAGGCUAUACAACAUUGCUUGUGUGGAUGACAUCAUAAAUAGUGUUGUUUCCAAAGGGAAAGCAGAUAUUGUUCGCCUUGUUGGUGACAUUGUGAUGGAUUUUUUUGUGGCACAUGCAUCUUCACCAUUGGCCCAACAACAGCUUCUGGAAGUCAUUUCACAGAUGGGUAUGAAGUGUCCACAAGAGGAUGCUAAGUGGUGGCACAAAAUUUUUUUUAGGCUUGAAGUUCUUUUGCAUUUCAAGAAGCUAUUUCCUUCUGAAGAAGUGCUGGCUCCAGAAGAUAUGAAUGUUACUGAGUCUAUUUGCAAGAUUUUAAGGACGUUUUAUCGUGCCAUUGAAACAAUUUCUUGCUCUAGCUCCGUCACAGCAAAUAUAUACUUCAAUGAGGUCUGGAAAGUAAGGACAGUUUUGCAAGAAGAAGCAUCAAGUAAUAAUGUAGAAAUCUCUACAUUGGUUAUGGAGAUGCAGGAAGUGUUCAACGAGUAUUGGCAAAAUUCAUACUUGUGGUUAUCAAUACCUGUUGUUCUAGAUCCAAGAUUCAAAAUCAGCUUCAUUGAAUUUCGUCUGAAACGAGCUUUUGGCGCAAAUUCAGUGAGUUACUUAUCUGAAAUCCGUGAGACAGUCCAGGAACUUUUCAGUGAAUACUGCAACCCUGCGGAUCGGCCAGACGGUGAUAUUUCAAAUAGUGCAGCUUUGGCCGUCGUUGAUAGUGAUUCUUUAGAAGAUUGGGAUCAGCAUCUCAAUGAACAAGCAAGUUGUCAGAUAUCUACAGAACUUGAGGACUACCUUGAAGAUGGUCUAGUUCCAAGAAAGGAUGACUUUGACAUUUUAAACUGGUGGAUGAACCAUACUACCAAGUACCCAACGUUGGCAGCCAUUGCACAGGAUGUCCUAGCCAUGCCAGCGUCUGCUGUUCAAUCUGAAGCAGCAUUAAGUAGCAGCGGACCGGUAAUUCCAAAGCACCACAGUUCACUGAGCAUCAAGACCAUUGAAGCACUUGUUUGUGCCCGAGAUUGGAUGCGGUAAAAUGGGUAAUUCUGCAGCAUGCAAAGCUCGGCUUCUCAAAUACUACACCUGGUAAAUCAGUGCUCUGGUGCCAAAUCUCAAGAGUUAACAAUGUGAUGACGGCUUGGAAAACUCCUCCUGUUGUAUCUGCCAUAUGCUGCAGCGAGCGACGAUGUUGGCCUGAUGCAUUGGUCAGUUGAAGUCUCAACUGGCGCACCCUUGCAGGGAAUGAAUGUGCCAUCUUUCUAGCGAGUCGGCCCGCCCUGCUCACAGUGACCGGUUUCCAUCUGACUAGCGUUCCGCCCUGUCGAGGUUGCAGUUGCUAUGUGGCUGUGUCAAAACCAUCUGGUGUUGUUGUUGACAUGCCUCAAACAUUGUCGUUUUCUUUCCCGUCGAGACAUGGGCCAGCGUUUAGUUUUGUAUAUGUGUACUCUGUGCCAUUGCUGGCUGUAAUCACUGGGAGUUGUGGAUUUCUGGAUGUGCUGGAGAAUGUGUGAAGGUAAGCCGUUCACAAAAAUCACCUUAAUCA